CGUGAUGACGUCACAUAUCGUGCGACAAUCCUGAUAUGCUAUGUUUAUGUUUUCUUCGGCUCGAGAUCUUUAUCUAAACACAUACAGUUUCUUUGUCAUAUUUAAGAGCCAAAAUGAGCAACGAAACCGUUUUCUUAUACGAAUAUAAGCAACUCAAAAGCUGAUCAGGUAAAGAAGCAAAUACUGACGGACCCCAAGCUGUAACGGAAACCCUAAGGUUUUGUGUACUUAAGACCUCGGGGACAUGGGCAGGCUGGAUGACGCUGCCAAGCGGAAGGUGGUGGAAUUGCGUGAAGCAGGCCUAAGCUUCCGCAAGAUAAAAGCUGUGCUGGAGCUGGAGAACAUCAAAGUAUCUGCUCAGGCAAUCUACCUCUUCCUGAAGGAGUUUAAUGGAAGAGGCAGACAAAAUGAUGCUCCCAUGUCCGGGAACGGUGGAUCUACAACAGCUUCGGGAUCAAGGGAUACAGGGCUAGGCGAGUCGAGACACAGUGGCUGGAGUGAGCAGCAACUAAGGAAUCUGCUUCGUGAGGCUGCCCAUGUUGCUGGCUUCUCAUCCUCUUCGGACUCCUCAGGGCAGACUGGGGUAGCUUCAGAAACCAGGGGACACUCCUCUGGGGCAAGCAUAACUAACCAGGAGCCACAGCAGGGAGACAGGAAGGACGAGGAUGUCCGCAUCAUAAGUGUAACCUCACUGGCACAGAAUACCCACCAUGAUGGCGUUCAAACAGUACGUUCAGGGUUUGGCUCAGGAGCAAUGGCUGGAACAUUUUCAAGGAGAAGGUACACACCCUCGCCAGCAAACCCAGUCCUUGUGGCUCGGAAAAGGCUCCUGGACAAGGCUUUGCUCCACAGAGCAAGGGUACGGGACAGUGGCCCUCAGUCUGCCCAACAAACUGUGUCAUUAGUGAGAAGAGAGCAGUCCUGUUUCCCUUAUUCAGAAGGAAGGAAGGUCAUGUUACCUCAAACAAGCUCAUUCAACCCCACUUCUACCCGACCUGUAAGGGGGCUCCACCCAGGGACCAACCUUUUUCGACAAGGAUUUCAGCAACGUGCAAAUAUACCUACCCGCUCUACAGAACAGUCACCCCGUGUUGGCAUUCGGAUUCCUGUGCCAGGUCAGUCAAGUACCGGGCCACAGAACGCAAACUCGUCUGUAAGGGCUCCAGCUCCGACUAAUCAUCAGCAGUCUCCUCCAAACCAGCAGAGCAACGUGGACACCGGAGCACCAAGUGCACUGCAGGAGCAGGUCAAGUCUCUUGCUUCUGAAGUGCGCAGCCUUGGCUUGGCUCUCAGGAUGAUGGUAGAGCAGCAGGGCCGCCUGGAGAAGGAGCAGAGCCAGCAGACCCAAGUCCAAAAGCAGAUCCUCAGCACCUUGCAGAAAUUAGCAUCUAAACAGGGACCCUGUGGCUUUCAACACAAUACAACCCCUACACUGCCCCAGUGCCCAUUGUCCUCAGCCUCCUACAGCCAGAGCACCUUCACCCCCAGCCAAGGCAGUAGUUUGUGCAGCCAAGCCCCAUCCAGGUAUAACGAAAUCAAUGGAUCCACCCUUGAGAAUAUUGAGCCAUUUUCUCUGGACACUCUCAGCACUGCAGCUAUAGAUGGCUUUCAAACCUCUGAGACUCUGUCAUUCAACCGAACACACUCACCAACAUUUACACAGGCACACACACAAACAUUCACGUCUGAGAUAGUCAGUUACACACAGCCUCACACAGACACUUAUGCAGGAAUGGACAGCAAGCCAGCAGAAAUAGCCUCACCGAACACAGACAGAUCCUUUCAGGUCUGCAGGUCUUCAAGUCAGUCUUCUACUGAAGCUAUUUCUGUUCAUGAUCCCCAACUGACUAUUGUAAAAAUUGAAAAUGUUUAAAAAAAAAUGCAGAAACUGACAAACACCACUGUGUUUGUUCCUUGCUGAAAUUUGAUGAAUUUUAGAGUGAAUCAUUUUAUGGUACUGUAGCUUCAGCAAUAGUGGACAAGUAAUAGUAACACAAGCUUUAAUAAUGGGCCAAUCAUCAUACCAUACAUUCACAAAAAACAUUUAAUAUAUCAUAAAUUUUGAAUUAAUUGUUUUUAAUUCUCUAUUUAUGUGUGUUUUUUAUUUAAUGAGCAAAUUACACGUUUUGUGUUUGGCAAAAUAAGGCAAAAUAAAACCUGACUGUUUUCUUAAAUACAUGACUAUACAGUAAAAAGUGAUUCAUUUAUAAGAUUCAAAUGAUUUAGAUAUUGCAGUUGAAAUUACACUUUUCUAUAAGUAUCAAUUGCAAGCUGAAUGAUUCUUGUUAUAAUUUAUUCGAGGCUCUGGUGCUACAUCAUAAAAGUAAAAUGGUGUAGAGAUCCCAUCUGCCAUCCCGAGCACUCCACAAAGAAACACGUGUUUACUUUUAUACAUUUUUAAAGGGAACUCAGAAAAGAAAGUAGAAGCAAGGCUAAAAUCACAAAGCGUUAGUGUGGUCAGGUACCGAUGACAGGUGAGAAGGCCUGGUGCACAGUUAGAAAUUUAAAAACUCAAGUUCUUCCACUUCAACCUUGGCAAAACAUGUCUUUACAUGGUUAUUGUCAUUUUGGAAAUUUGUUUGCUCCUCUUAGUUCCUCUGAAAAUCAUAUAUAGACUAUUAUGUAAAUAUACCAAUAGAACAGUGUGAGGAAGGUUGACAUGACGGUUCACAAGACUUUGGCCAUAUAUUGUGUUUUGUGUACUCAGCCCAACAUAGUAAAAGCAAUCACUCUGUAUGGGUUGACACAUUACAGAUCGUUACAGAUGUUUGUGGCAAAACUCUUGUGGUAGUUUUGCAGUGUGACUGGGGGAAUUGCCUUGCAUAAAAAAAAUGUGGAAUGAUGGACAUGCUUGCAGGGAAGGAACUGCAUGUUGCUUAUAACGGUUCUGAUAAACAUUUGCAUUCACCCUGUGAAGUAGCUGAGGCUUCUGCUGCAGAAAACAUCUCCUAAACCUUGACACUGUCAGCAUGCUGCGUGGACAGAGGAGAACUGGUCCACUUUACUGAUGAGUGAGUUUAAUUUAUUUGGGUCCAAUGGGAAACAUUGUCUUUUCAUCAAACUGGGGAAAGACUGAACCCAAAGUGUGUAAAGAAGUCCCUGAAAGGUGGAGGAGGAAGUGUCAUAGUUUGUUGGAUGUUUGCGGCAGCAAUUUUCAUGCAAGGUAAUGCCCCUGUAACAAUGCUAACAGGUCCUUGAAGGUAAGAACAUUGAAAUAAUGAAAUGGCCAGGCCAGAGUCCUGAUCUAAAACCGAUUGAAAAUCUUUGGAAAGUCCUUGGCAACAAAGUUAUUGUUAAAAAACCCUCUACAAUUACAGAUCUGUGGAAGAGUAGAGAAUACGAAGAUCACACCAGGGCAGUGUGAGAAGCUAGUGAAGUCUUGCAGCUACAGAUGUGCUGAAGUCAUUCAAAGCAAGGGCCUACUAAAUGUGACAUAUGUAACCCUCAAAAAUUUGAGUUGUAACGUUCUUUUGUGCUACACAGUGGUUACUGUUCUCUAAUUUUGAUCAGUGUUUUCCACAAAAUAAAGGUUUUUGUUGAA